UCCGCCGUGUCUAGCAGCGGGGCCCAGCAUGGUCAUGGCGGAUGGCCCGAAGCACUUGCAGCGCGGGCCGGUCCGGGUGGGGUUCUACGACAUCGAGGGCACGCUGGGCAAGGGCAACUUCGCGGUGGUGAAGCUGGGGCGGCACCGGAUCACCAAGACGGAGGUGGCAAUAAAAAUAAUAGAUAAGUCUCAGCUGGAUGCGGUAAACCUUGAGAAAAUCUACCGAGAAGUACAAAUAAUGAAAAUGUUAGACCACCCUCAUAUCAUCAAACUUUACCAGGUAAUGGAGACCAAAAAUAUGUUGUACCUUGUGACAGAAUAUGCCAAAAAUGGAGAGAUUUUUGACUACCUUGCUAAUCAUGGCCGGUUGAAUGAGUCCGAGGCCAGGCGCAAAUUCUGGCAGAUCCUGUCCGCUGUUGAUUAUUGUCAUGGUCGGAAGAUCGUGCACCGUGAUCUCAAGGCCGAAAACCUCCUGCUGGAUAGCAACAUGAACAUCAAACUAGCAGAUUUCGGUUUUGGAAAUUUCUUUAAAAGUGGUGAACUGCUGGCAACAUGGUGUGGCAGCCCUCCUUAUGCGGCCCCUGAAGUCUUUGAAGGGCAGCAGUAUGAAGGACCGCAGCUGGACAUCUGGAGUAUGGGAGUGGUUCUUUACGUCCUUGUCUGCGGAGCUCUGCCUUUUGAUGGACCUACUCUUCCAAUUUUGAGGCAGAGGGUUUUAGAAGGAAGAUUCCGGAUUCCGUAUUUCAUGUCCGAAGAUUGUGAGCACCUUAUUCGAAGGAUGUUGGUCCUAGACCCGUCCAAACGGCUAACCAUAGCUCAAAUCAAGGAGCAUAAAUGGAUGCUUGUAGAAGUUCCUGUACAGAGACCUGUUCUCUAUCCACAAGGGCAAGAAAAUGAGCCAUCCAUUGGGGAAUUUAAUGAACAGGUUCUGCGAUUGAUGCACAGCCUUGGAAUAGAUCAGCAGAAAACCAUUGAGUCUUUGCAGAACAAGAGCUAUAACCACUUUGCUGCCAUCUAUUACUUGCUGGUGGAGCGUCUGAAAUCACACAGGAGCAGCUUUCCCGUGGAGCAGAGACUCGAUGCCCGCCAGCGUCGGCCCAGCACCGUGGCCGAACAAACAGUUGCCAAGGCCCAAACUGUGGGGCUCCCGGUGACCGUGCAUUCACCGAACGUGCGGCUGAUGCGCUCUGCCCUCCUCCCACCAGCAUCCAACAUGGAGGCCUUUUCCUUCCCAGCGUCCAGCUGUCAGGCGGAGGCAGCGUUCAUGGAAGAAGAAUGUGUCGACACACCAAAGGUAAACGGCUGCCUGCUGGACCCUGUUCCUCCCGUCCUCGUGAGGAAGGGGUGCCAGUCGUUGCCCAGCAACAUGAUGGAGACAUCCAUCGAUGAGGGGCUGGAGACGGAGGGGGAGGCCGAGGAAGACCCCAGCCAGGCCUUCGACACGUUCCAGUCCACGCGCGGCGGGCAGAGACGGCACACUCUGUCAGAAGUGACCAACCAGCUGGUCGUGGUGCCUGGCUCAGGGAAAAUUUUCUCCAUGAGUGACAACCCAUCCCUUGACAGUGUGGACUCUGAGUAUGAGAUGGGGUCUGUUCAGAGGGACCUGAACUUUCUGGAAGACAACCCUUCCCUGAAGGACAUCAUGUUAGCCAAUCAGCCGUCCCCCCGCAUGACCUCUCCCUUCAUCAGCCUGAGACCUGCCAACCCAGCCAUGCAGGCUUUGAGCUCCCAGAAGCGAGAGGCUCACAACAGGUCACCAGUGAGCUUCAGAGAGGGCCGCAGGGCGUCGGAUACCUCCCUCACCCAAGGAAUUGUGGCAUUUAGACAGCAUCUUCAGAAUCUGGCCAGAACCAAAGGAAUCCUCGAGUUGAACAAAGUGCAGCUGCUGUAUGAGCAGCUAGGGCCAGAGGCAGACCAGGACUUGGCACCAGCGGCGCCCCAGCUCCAGGACCUUGCUGGCAGCUGCCCUCAGGAGGAAGUUUCUCCUGACAGUGGUCUCCGCUGUCCCCAGCAGCAGAAAACGGUCUCCGCUGUCCCCAGCAGUGUGCGUCCUCAGCUGUCCCCGCGGCAGAGCCUGGAAGCCCAGUACCUACACAGACUGCAGAAGCCCAGCCUUCUGUCCAAAGCCCAGAACACCUGUCAGCUUUAUUGUAAAGAAGCCCCGCGGAGCCUGGAACAGCAGCUGCAGGAACACAGACUCCACCAGAAGCGACUCUUCCUGCAGAAGCAGUCGCAGCUGCAGGCCUACUUCAAUCAGAUGCAGAUAGCCGAGGGCCCCUUCCCGCCGCCGCUGCCCCGCCAGGAGGCGGCCGCGCCGCCGCCGCCCGCGCCCUUCGGCCUGGCGCAGCCGCUCGGCCCGGUCCUGGAGCCCGGCCCCGAGCGGAUGCAGUUCAGCCCCUUCCUGGGCCAGUACGAGGACCUGCGGCUGCCGCCCCUGCCCUCCUCGCCCGGGCCCCGGGCCCCGGCGCUGCCCCCGCCGCCGCCGCCCCCCCCGCCGGGAGCCGCCCCCGCCCCCCUCCGCUUCCCCUACCAGACUUGCGAGCUGCCCGGGGCCGCGUCCCCCGAGCCGGACUACGCCCCGCACUGCCCGUACCCCAUGGAGGGGCCCGCGCCGGGCAGCCUCGAGGCCCAGGACUGUCCCCGGGGGGGCUCAGGACUGCAGGAGGCCGCCUCCAGCUACGACCCCCUGGCCCUCGCCGAGUUCCCCGGACUCUUCGAUUGUGAGAUGCUGGAGGCCGUGGACCCACAGCACGGCGGCUUCGUCCUGGUAAAUUAGCGCCGGCGCAGGAUGGGAGGCCGGUCGGCGCGGGAAGAAUGUGGAUUUCUAUUUUUAUUCCAGCCUUCUAAGUGUCCAGCUUUCUUUCCUGCCCCCUCCCAAAUGGAGACAAAUCCCGUCGCCCAACUGGAAUGAGAGGGCCCCCCGGUGCUUCCUCCUGGCGGCGCCCCCACCUGCUGCGGGGGGCGGGGGUUCCUGGAACACGGCGGAGCCCAAGCCCGUGCCCUUCCCUUCGGUCGAGUGGAGCAGCGCUGCUGGGACGCACCGACGGCCGUUUUCGUGGGAGGACACGCAGAGCUAGGUUUUGUGUGGAGCCACACGAGUUGGUUAUUGGGGGAAACCCUCGGGGACAGCUGUGUGCCGUCAGAGAUGGGCAGAACAAAACAAACGCAAAAUGCAAUAUAGUUUUCACUGAAGCCGGGCAACAGCCUGUUGAGUUCAGGCAAGUGAAGAGUAUGUAGUGGGAUUUGAUGCAGAGGAAGGAAAGCUGCGCUUGGCCACUGAAUCCUAAGUUUGAAGCUGCUGAUGCAGGUUGUCUCCAAGACCACUGCAAAGCAGCGGGACCAGAGCUUUGUCUCCGGGCCGCUGCGUGACAGCCGGGACUGAGCCCUGAGACUGGCAGUCGUCUCCACCCGGAGCUCCUACGCGGUUACCUGUAGAACCACACAACCCGCCUGCAGUGGAGCUUGGGGACCGCCGGCCCCGGGCCAGGAGAGGCCGGGCUCUUCCGCAGUCUCCUGUGCAGACUGCUGCGGGGCGGCCCGGCUUCAGACGGCCUAGCGGCUCCUUUAAAAUGUAACUACUUUGACUUUACGCUCUAUGUUGCUAGUAGUUUAUGGAGCUUUGUAUAUUUGGACAGUUUCAUAUAGGGCUUAGGAAUUUUAAGGACAAGAAAAAUGAACUUUGACCUCCCGUGUGAAGUGGUAGUGCUGUGCCUUUUUCCCCAGACCAUGCUUUAAUUAUUUCAUUUCUGUAGAAACCUACAGUUUUCCAUUUAUGUCAAUGCUAAAUCCAAAGUCCCUUCGGAGUUUGUUUUCCACCAUGUGGGAAUCGCGUCCUUAAUUUCCUUAAAAGUUUUAACUAGUAAUGAAAUGUUCAAGUAUUACAGCAA